AUGAAGUUCAACCUGAUCGCCCUCUCCACCCUGCUGGCCCUGGCUGCCGCCGCGGACUCCACCACCUCCACGGUGGCUCCGGCCACCACUCUUAGCGCUGAGGCUCAGUGCGCUACCAAGUGCAAUGCCAACGACGUCUGCUGCAUUGCUCAGUGUUACCACGUCCCCUGUCCCAGCGACGACCAGGCCAACGACACCAACAGCUGUGUCGCUGCCUGCCCCCAGGGCACUGGCUCGCCCGCCGACACCCAGAAGUACGCCGACUGUGAGCAGAAGUGCUACAGCUCGCACUUCUUCCCUGCCACCGGCGCUGUUGCCGAGGCCACCAACUCUGCCUCCUCUGGUUCCUCGGGCACCACUGCCUCUGGUAGCUCGGCCACCCAGACUGGCUCCAGCUCUAACUCCAACAAGGGCGCCAGCAGCACCAGCGGCUCUGCCACCGGUACCUCCAGUGGUGCCGUUCAGUCCACCGGUGCCGCUGCCAACAUCCAGCUGGGUGCCUCUGGCGCUGGCCUCUUCGGUCUCGUCCUGGCUGCCUUCGCUCUAUAA